GAUUUUCUAACUUCUGGGCUCCAUGUGCGCAGUCUCCGUGACCUUUGACCGGCUGCUGCUGCCGCUGUCCCUGCUGCUGGCGCUGCGUGUUUACGGCAGGUGUGAGACGAAAGACGUGGUGUCUGCCGCAGGUGAGUUGUUCUCUUCGGUCCUGACUGUAGAACAGCAGAUGAUUGCGCAUUAUGGCUGAAUUUCCUUUGUCUUCAUCUCGAUACUGACAACAAACAAACCUCGGUCCUGCUUCGCGUGCUGUUGGGAGGAUAACUCAGCUCAAUGCCAAGUCAUUGAAAGACAUCAAAGCUGUGUAGUCAUGAGCCGCUGGCGGUCUACCUGGCUCUACCUGCUGGUCACCGUCGUCGUGGAAGUUGCCGUGUGCACCACCAAGUGCUACAGAAACAUCAAUCUCGGGGAGGGGCCUGAGAAUGUCUACUAUUGCUAUGACGACACGCUACCCGAGUGCUGUCAGCAGGACGCCACCUUCACCUGCUGCGAAACCAGCUCCAGGAAAAACCUGAGAGAGCAGCUGCAGUUGUGGGGAACAGUGACAGGUUUCGUGCUUAUCAUAAUUUUUGUCUUCUUGUGCUGCAAGUAUGACUACAGCAUCUGCAACGACGACAGGCCGCUGGUUGAACGAGUGGGCCUCAGGAAGGCCCCGGAGCUUCGCACAAGCAGUGUGACUCCCACCCACGAUGUGUACUCUUACAAACAGACCUACGACAACCGCUUCAACAACCGUCUCUACGAACGCCUACCUCCUCUACCCCCGUUGUCCCCGCGCCCUGGGGAGAUGCUCAGCAGGGGAGACUAUUUGCGAGAAGAAGAAAAGCGCCGCAAGGGAGGCAAAGCAAACGAAGCGUUUGAGUACGACGAAGACCUGCUGCUGUAAACACGGUACAGAGAAAAACAAGGGGAACUAGUGGAAAUCAAGUUUCUAGUCCAAAUAUCGACAUUACUGACAAUAUCUGGCUAGAACAUUAACGUGCCUUGCAUUUCAAAACGCUAAGGGCAAGUACUCGGGAAGGCUUGCUAAAUAAAUGGGAGACAACAAGCUAUGGUUACGAAUGGAAAAGCUCUCUCGCACAGUUAUUUGUUCAUUUUGCACAAGCUGAGUUAACUUAAACUAUAUUUAAGAGAAAUGUCUACAUAGCGAUGCUUUGUUUGCAAAUAUCGUGAACUAAAUUUGUCUUAAGUAUUACAGAAUGUUAUAAGAAAAUUAUUUUAUCAUCAUAUUAAUUUCUGUAACUGUUUUUCUCAAGCAGAAUACCCCGCAAAGUUUAACGUAAGAUAAAAUGAAUAACGCUGUAAAUUGUUCAUUUAAUUUUUAUUGAAAAUUAUUUAAAAUUAAAAGCAUAAAUAAUAAUAAUAAUAUAUUAUUAAUAAAUAGUAUCGAUGUUUUGUGUCAAGUUUACCUUUGGAUUACAGCAUAGGUCGAGAUAGGCGAGCUCAACUUUUCCCCCAGAAUCGUGAUCAAUGCCAGGAAAACUGAACAUCACUGCUAUUUAAAGUUGUUAUCGGUGUAACAUUUAUUUGUAAGUGUUGGUAUCAAACGCAAAAUUCGUUAAAUGCUUGCUGUGCUUUUUGUUUUUGUUUUUUGUGUUUUGGUUUUGUUUUUUUUUUGGUUUUUGUUUUUGUUUUUUGUUUUUUUUGGAGGGGGAUGUACGUGUGCAAUUUUGUUAGGGUAAGAUGGGUGUUCAUAAAUAUACAAUUUCGAAUCCGUCCAUUUACAGAUAUCUACAUGUAUGGCCGCUAUUUUCUCUGUGCCUUAGAUGACACUAUUCUUACUGGGCACUGAACCGUCCUUAAAUCACAGAGCAUCUCAUUAACAUAAUGAUUUUGUAUUUGAUUUUUUAAAAACAAUCAUGUCUUAUAUUUGUUUUACUGCAAAUCGCUCACUUUGAUUUCAAGGAUUUUAUAUGGGAGAUUCCAGAAUGAUAAUAACUAUAACAUGUAAUGUAAAGAGAUGACCACGUUACUAAAAUUAUCCAAUAAUGUUAAUCAAGGUUUGCGAUAAGAACAAUAUAGACGGCGUAUCGGAUUAAGAAAAUGUUUAUUUUUAUAAGAAGAUUAUAUUCUACUCAAAAGUACAAAAUAAAUGAAAAUAAUCUUAGAAUGGGACACACACAAUAUAUUUAUAUAUAUAUAUAUCAAGGGUAGAAUCUUACUGAAUCUCUAAAUCUUGAACAUUUGAAGAUUUACAUUUGCAAACACCUUAUUGAGGGGAAUAUGCGAUAUUUUAAGGACUUUGUAAACAUCAACAAUUUAAAAAAAAAAGUAUCUGCUUUUACUAUUCACACACACACACACACACGAGGCAUAAAAUAUUAUUACUGGAAAUUUUAGUGAUCUUUUACCUUCUAGGUUUUUGCUGAAAAAUGGAUCCCUUUCUUCGUCAGCCUGCACACAGUUUUCUUUCAGUGAUAAUCUUCUCUCCGUUGUAAGACCUUCGAGAUCGAGUUUUGUGUUGUUCUUUUCAUGGUGCUGUUGUAGAUGUUGUUGAUGGCCACCUUAUCACAGUUCCCUCAUUUCUUCUUAUAAUAUGACCUUGUAAGACCAGUUUGUCUCGAAAUUCUACAUUUAUGAAUCACCAUUUAAAAUUAUCAAUCUUUUACUUCAGCCUCAUUAUGCAUAAAAAUUCAGUAUUUAUUGAUAUUUGCUUUGGCUGUUAAAAUGAAAUACAUUUGCACAAAAACAUGAAUAUAUAACGCAUUUGAUGAAUUUCUAAUGCCAAAUUCGACUCUAAAAUAUAAUAUAAUGAGCCUUACAAUUACAGUAUUGCAUGUCCAAAGUUAUUUUUAUAAAGCGGUUGUCUCACACUUUUCACGACUUCUGCCAUAAAACCGAGCUUCUAAUAACAUGAUAUAUUAGAAUAAUAAUUACAAGAAAAUGUAGCGCAGUGAGUCAAUUGAAUUUGAAACUGAGUAUUGUAUUUUUAUGUAUUUUUUUAUUUUCAGUGUUUAAUAUUGAUAUAUGACUGUCGUUUGGUGACAUCCUUAAUAAGUGACAUUGUUGUUCUGAGUUAUUAUUAUUAUAACUUUCACUGACAAAAUAAUACACGAAUAGUAGUUUAAGUUUGGCUUUAAUAAUAAUAAUAAUAAUAAUAAUGAUAAUAAUAAUACCAACUACAGAUUUAAGUGCAAGGGUUAACUAAAAGCGCUGUACAUCAGAGUUUACAAAUGAUCCCACAAUUACCAUUACAAUAAAGAAACACAAGUCUCAGCAAAAAGAUGACACCAUGGUAGGCAAAAAAAUCCUGAAAUAAAGAGGAAAAAACCGAAGAGUGAGUCAGAACAGUCUCUUCGAUUAUAAAAGAUAUUUCUUAAUCAGGUAGGUGAAACUUGAAAGCUUCAAACGUAGACACAAUUGGCAGAUAAAGGGAAAAAGAAAUCCAAAAGGUAAACCAAACAUUAUGAGUAUGUUGUGAAGUGUACAAUACUUGUCUUUAACUUAUUUAGACUAAGAGAGAUAUUCCUCUAACUGGUUGAAAUUCAUUUCCUAGCUUGAUUAUUUGUGUUUUGAUUUUAUUAACAGUUUGUAAAUUACAUUUAGUGACCAAUAAACUUAAAACCCAUACGUUU